AUGCAGAAAGACCUCGAUACAAAAGAAAGAAAUACGGGCAAGCACGAGUCGCGUUUGGCAAAAUCAACACAAAGUGAAUAUCCUCGCGAGCGAGGAAUGCGCUCGAUAUCACGACGGUUCUCAAACGCAUCCAUACACCGAUAUGAAUCGACUUCCUCAAUAACUGAUGCUCCAGCGGGUGCUACAAUCCCCGUGUCGUCAUUGGUGCCUUUGUCAGAACUACCAAACUCGUUUGACUAUUCCGGCUUUUUAUCUUCAAUGAAUCCGCCUUCUGGCCCCAUGACGGAUGAGCUCAACACCGAGGAAAAUUCGCUUACUCCAGUCCACCCCUUCCACAACCUUGGUAUUACUCAGAGCUCAACUUCGUCUGCAGCUCACUCGCGGGAGGACCCUUGCAGAAUCGCUGUCAGAGACAACAGCGAAGACCCAGCCAUAUUCUCACCCGCACCCUUGCCAUCGAGGCGUCUUUCAGCCCUACGCUUAACAUUUAUCCUAAACUGA